AAAAAGAAAAGCGUGAGACGAGUCGGACUGAAAGACAAGUAAAAAUUAUAUUGGCGCGUGAAAAGUUUAGAAAUCGUUAAUUUACGCAAGGAAAAUUGUAUAAUAAUUAUAAAUAGGCAAUUUCAUUAGUAUUUGGACGUGUGCAUUAAAAAAGAGAUUGAGUGCCACCUGUAUCAUACAUUUUUCUUCGUUUAAAAAUCUUGUCUAUGAAGUGUUUGAUUUUCAGUAACCGCGCCACCACAAUUGAGUAAUUGCUUGGAGCUUCUGUAGUUCUAAAACAAACCGACGCUACAGUUCGUAACCGAAAUAGUCUCUAACUUUACUUUUUAUAAGUGUUUGGAUAAUGCCUAUUUGCAAACGUGAUGGAUUCGAUAAUAUGCCGUCUCGAAAUCGAGACGAAAGAUUUCAUGACAACGACGAGGUGUUCUUUUGUGAAGUAACAAAAGAAAUUUUUCGAGACUAUGAAGACUAUUUUCGUCAUGUAAUGGUAAUUAAUUCCACUGUUUGGCAAUGUGAGGCCACUGGCCGCGAAAAUCUCACUUAUGCAGAGGCGUUGCGCAGUGAACGACGUGCACGGAAGAAAAUGGAACUUUUCAAAUAUUGCUUAAGGGCUCCUGUAAUGUUAGUGAUUGAAAGCUCGAAGCAGUCGUCUUUGAAAACCCUUAAUGCAAUCGUAUGCAAAUUUCUGCGUAAACGUUAUUUCAUAAAUGAAGAAGUAACUGCCUGUCACAAAUCUUCUACUUAUUAUGCGUAUACAGUUGUGAGUAUAGUACCGCCUAAUAACACGCCUCCAGCCAGUGGUGUAUACGAGGAAACGGAUCAACUUCAAUAUAAGCUACGUCGGAAAGGCCAAAAACAUGAAGAAAUCAUUGUACCAUUCGAUAAUAUUCGCCGCCAACGGCAAGAAUUCACAACAGAGAAUCUGCAAAUGUUCGUUAAAGACAAUAUAACACGUGUAGAUGGUAUAUUACGACCAAAACCUGAGUCUUAUAAAAAGUACGUUACAGAUGAAAAGGUUUCAUUUGAAAAUAUAUUCAUUGGAAGAAUACCACAUUUCACGCCAGCGAAAAUCAAACGGCCAAUUCAAGAUACAAAUAAUAAAAAACAAUCAACUUUGAAUAAAUAUUUCACCAAAGAUGGUGAAGUCGAAAGCAAUUUAAAAAAUGGUUCAAAACUGAGUGAUCUAGAGGCAGAGAGGCGAGAGAAGAAGCUUGCACAAAAAGCUGAAGAAGAAGCAAGAAUGCUGGAAAAGCUUAAGCGCAUCGCCGAACUGGAGCGGCAAAAGGUGGAAAAACGUGCUAAAUUGGUAGAGCGUGUUGAAGCAGAAUGCACUGCAUUGCUCACUAAGACUGAUGACUUGGAACGCAGAGACCAACGUUUACUGCCCCAAUAUAAUACAAUUAAAACUUGUAUUCCCUUGAAACUACUAGGAGAUGCUUUUAUGAUUCGCGAAUUCAUGCAUUCUUUUGCAAGCACUUUAUCAGUGAAUGAAAAGUUACGUGGUAAUUUAACCUUUUAUGAGAUGUCACGGGCUUUUUGUAUUCGCGAAGUGGCCGGACCACUUGCCGACAUUAUUUUAAUAUUAUUAGGUACAAUAUUUGAUAUGCAAAAGGAAGAAGAGGAUGAAUGUAGCAUUGAGUAUUUGCGGCUGCGUCAAGAAUUAAAAAGGCGUGAACCGUUUAUUACCAUGUCAGAGGCAGCUCGUGCUCACUUCUAUGCAAAGCGUCAUUUUUCUUUUAAAAUAAAUGAAUUGCCAAUCGAUUCUUUAACUUUAAGCGAGGUUUUGCGUUUGCAUUUACUGUCAUCUGGAGCUGUGGUAAAAGAACGUGCUGAAAAAUGGCGAAUUAAAUAUCGAAACGGGUAUUCAUCAUCGGAGGAUCCUGGACUUACGCUUCGAAUGCGGCAUCCACAUAUAAUACGUACACUUAAAAUGUAUUCACUGUAUCAAUUACCAUUCAUUGAUAUUAUGCGUAUUGUGCGCUGUUUAAUGGCCCAAAUAUUAACCUAUUCAGGUCCUAUAAAUCUUAUUGAAGAACGUAUGGAACAGGUGGCUAAUGCAAAAGUAGAAUUGCGUGUAUUAACCACAAUGGAAAACAUUCGUAUAGCGAAUUUUCAAACACAAAAGCGUAGUUUAACCAAUGAGUUUCAUCAACAAACUAUUGAAGACAAAAUAAAAAAUAACGAGGAAAAGAAAAAACAAAUCGAAGACAAAUAUAAUAAAAAAAUUGCGGAGUUAAUGGCUCAGUCCGAUCGUGAGCGUAAGAAGUACGAACAACAAGUGGAAAGUUUCAACUCAUCCUUAUUCAAUUUUCUUGUUUACCUUGGAGUCGACCGUGCUUACCGUAAAUAUUAUGUAUUGGAGUCUAUGCCAGGCAUAUUUGUGGAGCAUACUGACGACGCUCUGGAUACGUGCCUUAGUGAACCACCCAAAAAUGCAUUGGUGGAAAACUCGCUAAUCACAAAUUUUGCGAACUUGCCAAAAAAUCGUAAAGACCUAAGGGCAUAUUUACUGAAAAUGUAUAUUAAUGAAGAUAAGCAAGCAGCAAAGGCCGAAAAGGAAGCAAAAUCUUUAAAGAUUUUAAAACCUGCAAAGGAAGACAAGGAAAAUCACCUGGUAAAUGGUAUUACCAAUGGUGAUGAUGGGCACGACGAAGGCGGAACUACUGCAAAGCACAGUGAAAAUACAAUUCCGUCUGAACCAAAAGAACCUCCGUCACAAUAUCAAUUGUAUAUGUGUACAGGAGAUCCAAGAAAUUGUAUUGUUCACGAUGAACGUAAUGCCGAUAGGCAGAGAUGGGCCUAUAUCUACGAAAAAGAGGAUAUAGACGCACUUAUUGCAGCACUAAAUCCAUUGGGAGAACGAGAAUCUCAGCUGAAGGAGCAGUUAACCGUUUUGCGACAACUUAUAAUAAAACAUUGCAAGAAAUGCCCAGAAGAUUUACUAACCGUAGAUGGUAAGCAGUUGAGUAAAUUUAAGGCGGCAAUGAUGUCGGAAACUAAUCGUAGAUAUAACAAACCCAAUUUUGGUUGCUCCGAUGAUGCUGAUAUUAACGAAGUAAUGUAUGCUGCACUUAUCGACCGCAUAAUUCAAUUCGAAAGCGAUAUUUACACAGGCGAUCUGGGUCGUUUAAAGGUCAAAGACAUGGGAAAAUGGCGUGAGGAUUUCCAGUCUAAUCAAUAUGAUGCACAAGUCAAAUUACAAUGGGGUAUAAAUACACACAAGGGCGCCACAAAUGGUGAUGAAGACAUUGUAAAUGCCGAAGAUGAUUAUGACGAUGAUGAAGAUACAAAAGAAGUUGGACGUUAUUCAAAUAAACCGCACAGAGAUCCAGGCGAUGGACUCGGCGAUACUAUCGAAAUUGAUUCAGAAGACAGUGCUGAUGAGCUAAUCUCAUUACAUGAUUCCAGCACAAUUAAAACAAAUGUACGUAACUGUGCAUCAGCGUUAUUGCAGGUAGAACAGGCAAUCGAGCGUCGUUUCAUAAAGGAGCCUUUCGGUACACCAUUAAAAGAAAUCAAAGAUAAAGAAUUACUUGAACAGAAGAUGAAAAUAGGUUCAACCCGACUGAAACAGUGGGAAAUAUCCCUAAUGGAGAGCACAAGUUUUUCGCAGGUAUUUCUCCAUUUAAAUAUUCUUCAUGACUGCAUUUUGUGGGCUCGUUCAACUAACAAAUCCCUUUGUCAAGUAUGUCGACGAGGUAAAGAUCCGGACAAGAUGUUGCUUUGUGAUGAAUGUAAUCGUGGUACUCACAUGUUCUGCAUGAAGCCUAAAAUGAAGACGGUACCAGAGGGCAAUUGGUAUUGUGCAAGAUGUGUCAAAUUGUGGGGUUUACGCAAUGAAAGCGAAGAAAAAAAUAAUAAAGCUGUAUCUCAAAAACGAAAACGCACAUUUAAUAUUGAUGAAAAUGUUGAUGAUGGCAUUGCAAAUGGGGUCAAAGACAGCGAGCGAACUCGUAGCAGUGGGCGUCGUAGUAGUAAGCGUUUAAAAUCAAUUGAAAUCGAUGAGGCAUUGGAAGAUGACGAUAUAGAGGCUGGUAAUAAUAGUAACGAAGAAGUUGUCGAUGACUCUGAUGCUGGGAAUAAUGAUAAUGAAAACAGUGCCGACGAGGAUGACGAAGAAAUCGCUAGUGAUGAAGACCAAAAUGGGGAUGUUGAGGACGAUAAUAAGAAAAAGUUGGAUGAUCCUUCGGAUCAAGAAGAAGAUGAAAAUAUUUGCGCAAUUUGCUCAUAUGACGGUGGCGAUUUAUUGUGUAUACGUUGUAAAGACGCUUUCCAUUUAGAAUGUAUCAAUAUGAAGAGAACACCUCGGCAUAACGAUUAUAUAUGUUCAAAAUGCAAAUCCUACGAGAAAAAGUCACGAAGAAGUGGCAGAAUGAAUGGAAAACAUGUAGUGGAUUCAUCAAAUGAUGACGAUGAUAACGACUCGGAACCCCUUGUAAAACGUAAGCGAUCAUCCCGUUCGUCUCUUCGUAACUCCGGAUUUCAACAGCAACAGCAGGCAGAGAAUGGCCAUACCAGUCCACGUGAAUCUGCUAGAUCUUCAUCGAAACGACGUUCGAUACGCAGGACCGGGGAAAAUUUGCCUUUAAACAGUCCCGCAUUGUACCAACUUCUUGAUGAUGUAAUGAAACAUGAAAAUGCUUGGCCAUUUACCCGUCCUGUUUCACACGCAGAAGUGCCAGAUUACCACAAGAUUAUUAAAACGCCAAUGGAUUUGGCAAAGGUAAAAUCAAAACUUAAUAUGGGCUCAUAUCAGCUAAAUGAGGAAGUGAUGAAGGACAUACAACUCAUUUUCAAAAAUUGCGAUGAAUAUAAUGUUAAAGGAAAUGAAAUUUAUUGUGCUGGCUCGACGUUGGAGAAAUAUGUUAUAGAACUAAGCAAACGUCUGAAUUUACCGUUUGAACCCAGCGACAUGAAUUCUUAAUUCAUGUUAAAAUAUGACUACAAUCUAAUACAUGUUUAAGAGUAGCAUAUCCCAAUAAGUCUUAAUACUAAAUUAGAGUGACGUUAUCAACUACAUACAUACAUUUAUUAUAAAAA